GUCCCCUCCGAUUCCCGUAAGCACCCCUUGCUCCAUCCUGCGCCCAGAUACCUCAGCCAGCCCCUCUCCCCACUCUUUACGUUCCAAACUCGGCCGGGACAGACCUCUGCCGCCGCCGCUCUCUCCACUCUGCUCUCCACGGAAGGCUCUGACCACAGAAGGCUCAGAGGCGCUCAGGACGACGACUGCAGGCAAGAGGGGCCUCUAGGUGGUGCCAGGUGAUGUGCCGCGAUGAGCGGGUGUUUUCCAGUUGCCAGCAUGCGGUGCCUGUCUAGGGUAUGUCGCAGCCUGGCGUGGGAGGCUCCUUCCUUCCCAAGUCCCUCUGCUUCUGCUGCCUGCCUGCUUCGGACCCUGGUAGAAACCCCACCCGCUGACACCCUCCUGGGGAAUUGGUCUUGGAAGCGCCAGCGCCUCUGGCCCGCUAACCAGCCUCUCCCGGGCCGGCUCCCGCCGCGCCCCCUCUCGCUUGCCCCCUCCUCCUCCUCCUCCUCCUCCUCCUGGUCCUCUCCCCGCUCCCAGGACGGCGGGAUGGCGGCGCAGGGCUCGCCGCGCUUCCUCCUCACCUUCGACUUCGACGAGACGAUCGUGGACGAGAACAGCGACGACUCGAUCGUGCGCGCCGCGCCGGGCCAGCGGCUGCCCGAGAGCCUGCGCGCCACCUACCGCGAGGGCUUCUACAACGAGUACAUGCAGCGCGUCUUCAAGUACCUGGGCGAGCAGGGGGUGCGGCCGCGGGACCUGCGCGCCGUCUACGAGGCCAUCCCCCUGACGCCGGGCAUGGGGGACCUGCUGCAGUUCGUCGCCAAGCAGGGCUCGAGCUUCGAGGUGAUCCUCAUCUCGGAUGCCAACACCUUCGGCGUGGAGAGCGCGCUGCGCGCCGCCGGCCACCACGGCCUGUUCCGCCGCAUCCUCAGCAACCCGUCGGGGCCCGACGCGCGGGGGCUGCUGACGCUGCGGCCCUUCCACUCGCACAGCUGCGCGCGCUGCCCCGCCAACAUGUGCAAGCACAAGGUGCUCGGCGACUACCUGCGCGAGCGCGCCCACGACGGCGUGCACUUCGAGCGCCUCUUUUACGUGGGCGACGGCGCCAACGACUUCUGCCCCAUGGGGCUGCUGGCGGCCGGCGACGUGGCCUUCCCGCGCCGGGGCUACCCCAUGCACCGCCUCAUCCAGGAGGCGCAGAAGGCCGAGCCCAGCUCCUUCCGCGCCCACGUGGUGCCCUGGGAGACGGCCGCCGACGUGCGCCAGCAUCUGCAGCAGGUGCUGAAGUCGAGCUGAGGACGCGGCGGCCUGCGGGGGGCGCCCGGGCCCCGGGCGGAGGCGGAGUGGAGGGUGGAGGAGAUCGGGAAAGACAAACCUAGUUUUACGA